AUGCCUUCGCGACCAAAACCACCGCCAGCGAGGCCCAAUCCCUUGAGGAACAUGAAGCCAAUCAAAGCUCCUAUUGCGCUCUCUCGAAAAGCUGCCAUGGGUACCGCCAGAGCAAAACCAAGACCCGCCUGUCCAAAUCCACAAUGUAGUAAACCUCAGAUCGAAGACGGUGUAUGUCAUAACUGUGGUACCGUGGUUGAUGAUUCAAAUAUUGUCGCCGAGAUUCAAUUCGGAGAAAGUAGUAGUGGUGCUGCUGUGGUUCAAGGCAGUCAUGUUGGCGCGGAUCAGGGAGGUGCACAAACUCUGGGUCCUGCCUUUAGAAGAGCUGGUGGUGGUGAAAGUAAUAAGGAGAAUACUCUUCGCGAGGGAAAGCGUAUCAUGCAAGCUUUAGCAAAUCAACUUGGAAUCUCGGAAAAUGUGGUCGGUGUUGGUCAUCAAAUCUUUAAACUUGCAUCGAUGAACAAUUUCAUUCAAGGUCGAAGAACGGAUCUUGUUGCAGCUGUGAAUGUUUUUACACUCGGUCGAUAUUUCAAAGCCCUUCACAAACAAAUUUCAUUGGCUACGGAUGGCAUUUUACCUGUCCUUCCGGAAGACUUAAUUUGGAAAUUCGCUUCGAAGCUCGAAUUCUACGAACAAACCGAAAAGGUAGCCGAUGAUGCAAUCCGUAUGGUUCGAAGAAUGAGUUUGGAUUGGAUGGUCAUGGGAAGAAGACCUUCUGGUGUUUGUGGUGCUUGUUUAAUCCUUGCAGCACGAAUGAAUAAUUUUCGUCGAACAGUCACCGAAGUCGUCUAUGUCGUCAAAGUCACAACAGCAACUAUUCAAAAGCGUUUGGAAGAAUUUAAAAGAACGCCAAGUAGUGCUCUUACAGUUGAAGAGUUUCUCAACAACGAGUUCUUAGAGUCGGCCCACGAUCCCCCUUCCUUUUACAGAAAGUCCGAGGCAUACCUCAAAGAGAUGGAGGAGAAAAACAAGAAACGUAAGCGCAAGGGUAAGGGUAAGGACAGCGCGAUUGAGAACGGAGUCGACGAAGGGGAGAUAGGGGAGGGAAAUGGUGAGAGCAAUAAGAGACAAAAAUCUACAUCUGGGACUCCUAUGCUACCAGCAGAAGUUCGACGCGAUGCAGACGGAUUUGUUAUUUCCGCCAUUCCUUCCCCAAAGGACCAAAACAUUGAUCCUCGACUUUUGGAUGAUGCCAUUGAAGAUGAAUCAGGCACCUCAUUUAACAGACUUGUCGCAGAAUUUGGUGAUGUUGAACCCGCUGACGAGGAAGCCGCGAAGGAACUCGAAGAACACGCAGGCGCACCCAAGAGAGGACCCGGUCGUCCACGAAAUGAUGAACCUCCUCUCGAAAUGCCAGAGGAAUGGCUCGCAGUAGAAGAUGAAUUGGAGCAACAAAUCACAGAAAUGGUUUCUGAUCCACAUACCCAGGAGCAUGCCAUUAGUUUCGCAAAGGCUCAAAAGAAAGCACACUAUCACCUUCUUCUAGCUGAAGCUUUGCACCCUCAGAAACACGUCAGCAUGGAUACUCACAUUGGUGAGGACGAAUUUGCCGAUGACGAAGAAGUCAUAAACUGCGUACUACCUGAUGCUGAAGUCGCUAAGAAAGAACAAAUUUGGCUUAAUGCAAAUAAAGAUUGGCUUCGCAAACAACAACAAAAGGAUUUCGAGAAGAGAAAAGCAGCUAUGGGUCCACCAAAAGUUACCAGACAGAGGAAGAAGAAGCCAAGAAUUGGAGAAGGUCAAACUAGCGUAGCUAGUACACCAGCAGAAGCAGCUGUCAAUGCGAUGAAGGAGAGAAGUUGGAGUAAAAAGAUCAACUAUGAAGCUAUAAGAGAUAUCUUUAAGACUGUGGGAACUAGAUCUGGUCCUGGUAGUGUUGCUACGAGUAAAGUUACAAGUAGAGCUGGAUCCACGGCUCCUGGCUCGGUGGCAGGUAGUGUUGCUGAUGGUGGCGAGGGAAUAAUCGAAGAGGUUGAUGAAGAUGAUGAUGUGGGUGAGCAAGGCGAGGCAGCUGGUGAUGAUUGGCGAGGAGAUGUCAAUGGAGAAGGCUACGAUGACGAGGAUGAUUAUGAUGAAGACGACGCUAUAGGUAUGGGUGAUAUUGAUGAGGAUGAGUUGUAUGGUUGA